GGAUUAUCAUGUCUGGAACGAAGUUUGGUUCAUUCGAAGAGACUUGGGAACACCAUACAGUGGAUGGCAGGUUCUAGAUUCAACUCCGCAAGAGCAAAGCAAAGGGAUAUUUCAGUGCGGUCCUGCUUCUGUCAGAGCCAUCAAAGAAGGUGAUGUAGACUUGGACUAUGACACCCUAUUUGUGUUUACGGAGGUGAAUGCUGACUGCAACCAAUGGAUUGUCUACAAAGAUGGAACCAGGAAAAAAGUGUAUUGUAACACUGAGAGUAUUGGCAAGGCCAUCAGCACCAAAGCUGUGGGCAGCAAUUCCCGUGUGGAUGUCACUAACAAUUAUAAAUAUCCAGAAGGCUCUCACGAGGAAAGAGAGGUGUAUAAAAAGGCCUGUGCUAAGGCACGCGGCUUAAACCUCACAGAAAGACUCUCAGAAGCUCCUAAUGAGGGAUCAUCAGAAACAGUUAGAAAACCUGAGGUCUCUGGGGUAUUCAAGCUAGUUGAACCCCCGGUGUUUGGCAAAGAUAUCAACCUAAUCUUAAUUCUCACCAACCUGUCCUCUGAAUAUAAACCUGUAAAGGUGAACCUGAGUGCAUCAACCAUCCUGUACACAAGGAGAGCAGUGGCAGAGAUCUUGCAGGCAGCCACAUCUAUUGAUCUUGGUUCUAAAGAAGAGAAACAGAUUCAGUUAAAGAUCUCUUAUGCCCAGUAUGAAAAGUCCCUGACUGAUGAUAAAAAGAUCUUAGUGACUGCCUUGUGUGAAGUCAUGCACACACAGGAGGCAAAGAUGUUGGUGGAGAAGACCAUCACUUUAGAGACUCCAACCAUCUUCAUCAAGAUUCCUGCACAGGUUGUGGUGAACAAUCUUGUUACUGUAGAGAUCUCGUAUGCCAAUCCUCUCCCGGAGCCAGUGAAGGACUGUGUGGUGCUGGUGAAACUGAUGAAUCAAGAGGUCAAGAUAGAUGUGGCAGCACUGGCACCCAGGGAGCGAUCAAAGAUUUACUUUGAAUUCACACCCCACAGAAGCGGUGCGAUGCAGCUGCAGGUGGACUUCUCUUGUGACAAGUUUGCCUAUGUUAAGGGCUUUGAGACCAUCGAUGUGGCCCUUGGUCAGUGAUUCAGUUGCAAUAGUUGUAAUGGCUCUGAUCACGGAGCCAAUCCCCUAUUUCUACACUAGCAUUAAAAAGCAUUUUUCCCUGCACAAUGAUAGUGAUGACUGUAAAUUAGUACAUUUUCAUUCUGAAUGUCCUUGUGAAGUGCAAUGCAGGAAAAUAGCUCAUCUCUCUGCAUUACAACAACAGGAUGACUUCUCUUGCUUCCACAAUAUUUCCUUGUCUAAUCUCAAAUAUCUGUAUUUUUGUUUCUUUUUCACCUCUCUACUCUGCAACUCUUGUCCUAGAACAAAUGCAACAACAUAAAGUACAGCCUGUAGGAUAUUCUCCUGCCUCAGGUGAAUUGAGAGUGACAGAGUUAAACAACGAGACUAUUACAAUAUUCCUAAGGGGAUGGGGGUUGUAUUUGCUUCAGUGUUUUACUGACUUUAUAUAUUGACUCUUGGCGUUUAGAUUGGUCAGAACAUUGUUUUUUCUCAUAGGUGUUUAAUUACAGUUAUGGUCUGGUUGUGAUCUAAUCCCAGUUUGUUAGCAAUUAAUAAAACUUUCAAAGAAUGGUUUCAAUUAAGUACACUUUCCUUAUAAUGCCAGUGAUAUUGUGAAUUAUGUAUCCCACAGAAAUAGCAUGGGAAAUUCAAGGUGUUGAGGAUGCUUUUUCCAGAUUGAUUUGUACAAUCAGUAAUGGAAUAUUUUUGCCAGUGCCCACUUCAUUUCUGUACUUUUGUGCUAUGUUACUACCUCUAUAUCUGCAUAAUAAGUUACUGUACCAUGCUAAACUUUGUCAAGCAAAACAAAAUGUAAAUUAGUAUUUUCUUCAAGCUUCCUGUCUGACCUCUAAGAAUGAGAAAGACAAACAUUGCAAUCACCUUGAGGCUGGAAAACCAAUUCUGGGGACCUGGAAAAGCAAAUUCAGGACACUAAGCAUUUCCAUAAUCCAUGCAAUACACCUAUCACAUGUUCCCAGUCAGCCUCAGAAGCAUUUGGGGAAAGAAACCAAAGACAUCACCACCACAAACUGAGGAUUCCUGUGCAUGUCAGUUUCGUCCCACUCAUAGAACAGAGUUGGGGGUAUGACCCGUACGCAUUUGACACUAUCUAAG